AUGGACGUCGGGAUUAUCGGAGUAGCCGUGAAUCAUGAUGAAGGACCAUGGGCGUAUGUUCAAAGAAGCCCUAGGUCGGUCCUUUCCGCCGCCGACAUUGACCUCUUUAUGUUGGACAAAGUGGCACCUUAUAAGUACAUUACUGGAGGUGUUUCAUUUGUUCCAAGCAUUCCAAGGAAUUCA